GGCGCUGCGCUCGCCUGGGCGCCCCCCCUUCGCUGCGCCCCCCGCGCCGCCGAGGGCCCCGCGCGCAGGACUGGAGCUAUGGGGUCGGAAAACCCCAGCCCGCAGAACCCUGGCUGUAAGAUCAUGACCUUCCGGCCCUCGCUGGAGGAGUUCCGCGACUUCGGGAGGUUCAUCGCCUUCAUGGAGUCCCAGGGAGCCCACAGGGCAGGCCUGGCCAAGGUGAUCCCCCCCAAGGAGUGGAAGCCACGGCGCACCUACGAUGACAUCGAUGACAUGGUGAUCCCAGCUCCCAUCCAGCAGGUGGUCACGGGCCAGUCAGGGCUCUUCACCCAGUACAACAUCCAGAAGAAGCCCAUGACCGUGGGCGAGUACCGGCGCCUGGCCAACAGCGAGAAGUACUGCACCCCUCGGCACCAGGAUUUUGAGGACCUGGAGCGCAAGUACUGGAAGAAUCUCACCUUUGUGUCCCCCAUCUAUGGGGCUGACAUCAGUGGCUCCCUGUAUGAUGCAGACGUGGAUGAGUGGAACAUUGGCAACCUGAACACCCUCCUGGACAUGGUGGAGCACGAGUGUGGCAUCAUCAUCGAGGGGGUGAACACUCCCUACCUCUACUUUGGCAUGUGGAAGACAACUUUUGCUUGGCAUACAGAGGACAUGGAUCUCUACAGCAUCAACUACUUGCAUUUUGGGGAGCCCAAAUCCUGGUACGCCAUUCCCCCGGAGCACGGCAAGAGGCUGGAACGCCUGGCUAAAGGAUUCUUCCCAGGAAGCUCUCAGGGAUGUGAUGCUUUCCUCCGUCACAAGAUGACCCUCAUUUCUCCCUCCAUCCUGAAGAAAUAUGGGAUUCCCUUUGACAGGAUCACCCAGGAAGCCGGGGAGUUCAUGAUCACAUUUCCCUAUGGGUACCACGCUGGCUUCAACCACGGCUUCAACUGCGCCGAGUCCACCAACUUCGCCACCCUGCGCUGGAUCGACUACGGCAAGAUGGCAACGCAGUGCACGUGCCGCAAGGACAUGGUGAAGAUCUCCAUGGACGUGUUUGUCAGGGUGCUGCAGCCAGAACGCUACGAGCUCUGGAAGCAGGGCAAGGACAGUGCAGUGCUGGACCACAUGAAGCCCACGGCCCUGAGCAGCCCCGAGCUGGAUGCCUGGAACGAGACCAAGGCAGAGCUGAAGGCAAAGCUGCUCCGCAGGAUAGGAGAUGAGGAAGAGGACAACAAACACCGGUCUCACAGAAAAAGGAGUCAACCCAGAAGACACAAAACAGAGGAUCAGAAAUCUCUUGGGGAUGUCAUGGCUAUUGAAACUGCCUUGGAAGAUGUGAAAGUAAAAGAGGAGCUGAAAAGGGGGCCAGAUCUGGAGGAAGAGGAGAGAAGCAAAGGGAUGGAGGGAGAAGGGGAGUGCAAGGCCAAGGCGCGGCCCCCGAAGGCCAAGGGCGAGCGCAAGAAGAAGCAGCUGUUCCCCCCUCAGCCCACGGGGCCUGUCCCAGGGCCCAUCCCGGCCCCCCAGCCGCCCCCCGAGGCCGGGCCAGGCCCAGCACGGCCCCCAGGACCCCCCUCAGCCCCAGGCCCGGAGCAGGCCCGGCCCGCGGCCCCCCUGAACGUGGUGCAGCCAUCGGAGGCGCCGGCCGAGGAGGACGACUUCAGGCCGCGGCCCAUCAUCCCCAUGCUGUACGUGGUGCCCCGCAGCAAGAAGGUGGUGUUUGACAAGGAGCACAUGUCCUGCCAGCAGGCCUUCGAGCAGUUUGCCACGCAGAAGGGGCUGGGCUGGCGCCAGCAGGGCCCCGGCAAGGAGCAGGACGGCGCCGAGGCCGAGCGCGCCGAGAUCGCCGCUGAGGCUGCUUCUGCCUUCUCCAAGAUGAAGAUGGAGAUCAAGAAGAGCCGCCGGCACCCGCUGGGCAAGCCCCCGACGCGUUCCCCGCUGUCCGUGGUCAAACAGGAGACCUCGAGUGACGAGGAAAUGUUUCCAUUUUCUGGAGAGGAAGAUAUGAGUGAUCCAGAGGCUUUGAAAUCUUUACUUUCCUUCCAGUGGAAGAACAAAGCACUUAAUUUCCCAGCUGAAAGGAAGUUCAAUGCAGCUGCUGCCCUGAGUGAGCCAUACUGUGCUGUCUGCACCCUCUUCUACCCCUAUAACCAGUCCUCACAGGUGGAGAAGGAAGCUGCCCCAGCCUCCACAGGGGAGCCGUCCUCGUUCGUGCACCUUUCCAAGUGCGGGCAGAAGACCAAGCCCCUGAUCCCAGAGAUGUGCUUUACCUCAAGUGGAGAAAACACCGAGCCCCUUCCUUCAAAUUCCUACAUUGGAGAGGAUGGAACCAGCCCCUUGAUAUCCUGUGCCAAAUGCUGCCUGCAGGUUCAUGCUAGCUGUUACGGGAUACGCCCAGAGCUGGUGAACGAGGGCUGGUCCUGCUCGCGGUGCUCGGCCGGCGCCUGGGCAGCGGAAUGUUGCCUGUGCAAUCUCAGGGGAGGAGCUCUCCAGAUGACCACUGAUGGCCGGUGGGUCCAUGUGAUCUGUGCCAUCGCUGUCCCUGAGGCGCGUUUCCUCAAUGUCAUGGAGCGUCAUCCUGUGGACAUCAGCGCCAUCCCCGAGCAGAGGUGGAAACUGAGGUGUGUGUACUGCAGGAAGAGGAUGAAGAAGGUGUCUGGGGCCUGUGUGCAAUGCUCCUACGAGCACUGCUCCACGUCCUUCCACGUGACGUGCGCGCACGCGGCCGGCGUGCCCAUGGAGCCCGACGACUGGCCCUACGUGGUGUCCAUCACCUGCUUCAAGCACAAAGCAGCAAACCAGAACGUGCCAUUCCGCAGGGAGGUGGCCCUGGGGCAGACAGUGAUCACCAAGAACAGGAACGGGCUCUACUAUCGCUGCAGGGUCAUCGGCACCAGCACCCAGACCUUCUACGAGGUCAACUUCGACGACGGCUCCUACAGCGACAACGUUUACCCCGAGAGCAUCAUUAGCAGGGACUGCAUCCAGAUGGGGCCCCCUCCCGAGGGGGAGCUGGUGCAGCUGCAGUGGACGGACGGGAUCAUCUACAAGGCCAAGUUCAUUGCAGCCCAGAUCAGUCAGAUUUACCAGGUGGAGUUUGAGGAUGGCUCUCAGCUAAUGGUGAAGCGUGGGGAUAUUUAUACCUUGGAGGAAGAGCUUCCCAAGAGAGUCAAGUCUCGCCUGUCGCUCAGCACCGGGGCCCCUCAGGAAGAUGUGUUUUCAGGAGAUGAAGUGAGAGCAGCCAAGCGUCCCCGGCUGGGGAAUCCCAGGAAUCCUGAGGAAUAUGGACAAACCCCAGAUUACCUGGCCUUCAUGGAGAGCCUGUUGCAGACACAGUACCAGCCUGGGACUCAGAGCAACAUGUUUUAACCAGGAUUCAUCCAAAAUAUUCGAUUAACCCUUUUUGAGUUAGUGGAAAAAAUAAA